UAGGAGUUGUCAUUAUUCCAGUAAAUGGUUAUCAUCAGGAGAGUUAUGUGGAACGAGGCAGCCUGUUAAAUGACUUUUGAGGCUUUGCCUGGGAAAACAUUGGAGCAGAUUGUACCAGAGCAUUCAGAGAAAUAGGAGGAAGCGUACAGCAACUUAAGGACCAAGAAACUCAGAAGGGGGAAAGAAGUGGUAAUAUUGAUGGUAGCUUUACCAUUAAAAUGGAGAGAUUGGGACAGCCCAUAUUAUUAACAAUGAAUGAGGAGGUAACUGGUGAUGUGGAAGAGCUGUUAUGUGGAGGGAUAAUCUAGAUUGCAGAUUGGCGGGAUUAAAGAAGUAAUGGUUCAUAAAUGGAAAGAAAUGAAAAUGCAGCUUGAGUUAGGAUCAGGGAAGCCAAGGGAGGAGGUGAGAUCAGGAUAUGAAAGGAGUUGAUUAGGGUAAUAAAGAACAUGACAAGAAUGAUAACUAGAUAAGUCAUCUUUGGAAAGGAUCUAGGGACAUCUCUUUCCCUAGAUCUUACAGAAGGAAACAAUAGCUGGAUGGAAUGGGGAGAGGUUCGGGGGAGAAGUCAUUUAGGAGAAUUACACAUAAAGAAAAACAAUCGGAAUUUUCUGGGCCAGGCUUAACAAACAGAAUAAAAAACAAAUGUGUUUUGCUUAGUAGGAAGUUGAAAUGAAAAGAGCAUGUAUAAUUGUUGUAUCUGCAAGGCCUAGUUUUCUUAGGUGACAAUGUAAGUAUGAAUGAAACUUGGCCAUGAAGUUUAGAAUGAAUAUGGGAGGCCUGACCAGACUGUUGAAUCUAUAAGCCAUGAGGAGGCACAAUGUUACCUUGUGAGAAAAGCCACAAGACACGACAAAACUCAUUAUCAGAGCAGAGUUUUAUUAGAAGGGAGAGGGCAGGGACCCAAGAUAGCGUGACCAGGCCUGUGGAAGACAAAUGCAGAGGGAGAGAGUGGGAAGGAGAAGGAAGAAGAGGAAGAGUGGGGAGGGGUCUGUGUCUGCUUCUUAUGGAUUCCCCUGCACAUUCGCAUAUGAGCUAUGCCACGCAUGCGCAGAUUGUGUGACCACGCUGCGCCCAUUGUGCAGUCAUGCAGACCCUUUGCUUGGUGGCUGGAAUGCUAACACAGACCAGCAAAAUAAGCGUGCAAGAAAAUGUGGGGUAGGCGCCAAAAAGGGGAAGAAGUUCGUGGUCAAAACAGGUCUGUUUCAUUUUGAGACUUUUAGAGAUAGAGAAAGUCUCGGAAUUGAUGGUAGCUGAAUGUGAAUGAAAAUAGAAGUCAUCAAGUUGAAGAGAUCGCCUGUCUUAGUGAGUUUUGUUGCUAUGAAGAGACACCAUGACCACAGCAAUGUCUAUAAAGGAAAGCCUUUUAUUGAGGCUGGCCUACAGUUCAGUGGACCAUUGUCAUGGAGGGGAGCAUGGUGGUGUGCAGGCAGACAUGGUGCUGGAGAAGUAGCCGAGAGUUCUACAUCCAGAUCUGUAGGCAGCAGCAAGAAAAAGAGAGACUCUGGGCUUGGAAUGAGCUUUUUUGAAAUCUCAAAACCCACCCCCAGUGUCAUGCUUCCUUCAACAAGGCCAUACCUUCUAAUCCUUUCAAAUAAUGCCACUCCCUGGUGACCAAACAUUCAAACCUAUGAGUCCAUGGGGCACUGGAGACUUGCUUUGGUAGAAGUUGGGGGGAGGUGGGGAAUUCAGGUCCCAGAAAGGAUGUGUGGAGUUGGAGUGGGUGAGGGGAGCCAGGGGAGGUGGAGGACAGGAUCUGAGGAUAAAUCAGGAUGGCUGCCAGUGCGUUUAUUUGGAAAAAGACUGCACCUUUGAUACUCUGUAGUCGCACAUAGGGUUGAACUGGAGAAAAGGAGCAUGUGAGCUGGGGUGUGGCUUGUGAUCAGGGCUCAAUACUGAUCUUGUGAUACUGACCUUGACAGUAGGCACCAGUCAUAUUUUAAUGAAGGGCCACAAGUUCCUCUUGCUAGAGAUAAGAAGAAUGACUGCUUUAGCAAGCAGGAACUUUCCUCAAAAGAGGGGAGGAGACAUCCUCAGGGCAUAGAGACCUUUAUCCAACUGCCUGACCCUGGGAAAAUGACUUCUGAGAACCAGACAGUAUGCUACAAUGUCUUAGUUUUACUAUAUGGGCCUGUUCCCCUCAUAACAAAAGGGAAGGUCCUGAUGUCUUACUCUUUUCCCAUUAUACUGUACCAUUCUGAUUUCUCUGUAUUUAUGAACUGGACUCUUGCCCUUACUGGAUCUGAUUUGUAGGUAGUUCAUCCUUGGGAUCAAGUGUGUCUUAACUUUCCUGUUCUUGGUGUAAUUAGGAGGGCACAUUGAAAUUCCUGUCUCUGUGGUGGCAGGAAGGUUUUUCUAAAGAAUUUUUUCAUCCUUUAGCUACGCCCAAACAAAAUUUCCCAAAGGGAAAGGCAUUAAUAGUGAGAAUCAUUAAAAAUGAAAGUUUAAAAGGUGCUGGAGAAGUGUGGUCUGCAAUGUGGAAAUGCUGGAACUUUGUGAAGCAGCAAUGGUCGCCAUGCAGUUCAUGCCAGUGGGGACCAUUCUCAUCCAGACCACCACAUCACCUCACUGGAGGCUUCAGAAAUGUUAGAAUUCUCACUUGUUGGGUGACUCUGACGUGUAGCUUGUGCAUAUACUGGCACACUUUGUAUGUUUCAAAUCAAAUUAAUGAUAGUACAUGUUAAGCUUGGCAUAGCAGUUGAUGGUUCAGUUUAGUUGUGCCAACAUCUGAGACAACACUGUUUUAGCUGCCAUUUGGUACUAUUAGUUCACAAAGACUCAGGUUAGAUGACAUAACUAACCACCCUCAGUCCUAAUGGAGCUAACAGACUGCCAGAGCAUAUAGGAUAUGAGAACUAAAACCUCCCCUGGUGGUGGGUGACUCCAUUGUGCGUGAGCCAGUUCAGCUGAAUUAAUAAAACCAGGUUUAAUUUGGGCAAAGCAUCCCUGGGUGGUCUCAGGAAAGGGGAAACCACAAAACUGCUCCCAAGGAGGGGCCUUAAAUACCCUCAGGGGGAGGAGCCAGGCUUGCCAGGCUUUCUUUGGGCAGUGUCUGGAAUGGGAGGAGUGGAUCUGAGCUCCAGCUGAACAUCUGGGUGGGGCUUGGGAUGGGGCCCCAAUCUGGAGACUCCCAACAGGAUAUAAAGGCAAACAUAAUUAGAAUAUUAUUUAGGAAGAGUGGGGAUAAACACACUAAAAUGGGGUAAUAAACUGGAGGUAGGCAGUGUCACUCAGUCUGAAUGAUAAGUACCUGCAGGCCUUAAAGGAUAUAAGGACACUUCAGAAAGAGGAAAGAACACUUGCAAGAAUACAGAGAUUUUUUUUCAAGAAUUGAAGCUACAGUUUUAAUUUCUUGUUCGUUGAAAGAACUACAAAUAAUUUGUCAUCACUGAAGCAUAUGAUGUGUGGGAUGAAGUGAGGGGUAGAGCUGGACACUUGGGGAGCAAGUGAUACACAGACUUGUUUGUUGUGCACGGGGUUUAGACUUUUCCUUUGGACCAGUGGUCUCCACAAAUGGGUGUGAGUACAAAACAUUGGGCACAGGGAAGAUGACUAGAAUUCCUCUUUUUUUUUUCACGUGCGUGCAUGCAUGCGUGUGAUUUGUCUCAUGUUUUCCCCUCUUCCUGUCAGUCUUUUAAAUGUUGAUUUUGUGUGUUGUUUGUUUUUGAAUCAAUUUUUCAUGUAAUUGAGGCUGGCCUUGAGCUAUGUAGCUUUGGAUGACUUUGAGCUUCAGAUCCUCUUGCCUCACUUCUAAGUGCUGGGAUUACAGGUGUUUAUACCAUGCCAGGUUUCUGUGAUGCUGAGGAUCAAACCCAGGGCUUUGUGCAUUCUAGGCAAGUACUCUAUAAACUGAGCCACAUUCUCAACUCCAAUCUGUGUAUUUGUAAAUUUAAAUAUAGGAAUUCAUUUAUAUAAUAUAUAAGUAAUCAUAUGUAAAAGGUUUUUGUUGAAGAUUUUUGUUUCUUAGGAGAGCCCAUGCUCAAGAGAAUAUAGAGGUUCAUUUGAGAGAAGCAAAUUAGAGAGUUGAAGAACCUAAGGAGUUCCAGUUAGAAUCACAGGAUCAGAUCUGCUUUAUAUUUUCUGGGAUCUCUCAGGAGGGUAGAGUGGAGGGGAUCAGGUCCAAGAUGAGAGAGCUUAAUUGAGUUGCAUAUACUGGCGUGUGCCUGUGAUCCCAUCUCCUUCAGAGACGGAGGGAGCCCAUGAGAAGAGACUGGUCUGGGCAGCAUAGCAAGAGCUGGUCUCACAGAGGAGAAAAGGGGAAGGAGAGAGAGGGCGGGGGCAGAGAGAUAUAACGGAAAGCUAUUUAAAAGACUUGAAUUGGGAUGGAGAGAUGCCUCAGCAGUUAGAAGAGCGUGCACUACUCUUAUAGAGGACUUGAGUUAGGUUCCCAGCACCACAUUUGGCAGGGAUCUGAAGCCCCUGGCCUCUGCAGCCAUCUGCAUGCACACAAACACACAAUUAACAAAACGAAGGCUAAGUGAGAAAGCGUGGGAGAGAGGGUUAGGUUAAAGGCAGAUUCCUUUUUUAUUUUUUAAAGAAAAUAUAUUUGCUCAGAAAGGGGAAAGACGCUGAUGAAAGAAUAGAGUAGGAGUGGCCACCUGCAGGACAGCAGCAGACAGCAGUCUUGAGCAGGCACUGCUGUUGACUAUGGUCACUGCCAGCAGUGUGCCGGUUGAAGACUUACUGUACUUUCCAAUCCACUGGUUAGUGCUACUCAAUUAGGGGAACCUUUCCUAGCGCUACAUUUAAAUGAGGUAGGGGAAAUUUAAAGAUUCCUAUGUGUUAUGAAGCAAGCAUAUCCUUUAUUUUUAUUUUCCCACUUUUAGACAUUAACGUUUCUUGUGCUUUUUAGAGUGUUUCUAAUGCAUCUUUGAUUUGCCUAGAUGACAAAUUUAGAAGGAUUUAGUAUAUUUCCAGCUCACCCCACCCCCAUUUUUAGGAUCAUUUGGUAUGGUCCCAGAUCAGUGCAUACAUCUUUGUAUACCAAAGCCCACGAGAGCUUGCAUUUUGCUUUAUAGAGGCAGUAGAUUCUGGUGUAUGUCUGCUUAAGCCAUCAGAAACAUCGGGAGACUAACAGGCUCAAUACAUUUUCUUUGAAAGAAAAAAACUGAAAACAAAAACCGGGUUCUGGCUGCAGCCUCUCUUCCUUUGUUCUACAUCUCAGAAGAUGCACGGGAGGGGAGCUGCCUGGUAACUGGAGGUUCCUCUUGACCAGCUCCGCUUCAGCCUGUUUGUCCAGUUCUAAACCAUGUCAUCUCCAGGACCCAAGGAAAACAGUCAGAGGAGCCCCUUUUAGAAAUUGAAGUGAGAGCCUCAGGUAUGUAGGCACACACUCUACUAUCCCUUAAAUGUAUUAACUGAAUUCUUUAUAAAAGUGAGGAAUUUAGGAACUUGAACUCCAGUUGGGAAUGUACUGUAUUCUUGCUUAUUUUACUUGUUAGGUAGUGAGGGAAAAGCCAGUGAGAGUGGAGACAGGGGGAACUUGAGCGUUGUUGUUUUUAGAGCCCUUCAAGAGACUGCAUAACAGCUGUGCGUCCUCUCCGGCAUACUUAGCGUUACAGGGACUAAGAGGAACGGUUUAGAAUGGGCAUGAUUUACAAUGAUUAACCUAGGAAAUUACUCCUUACAAUUUUAAUUUGUUGAUGAAUUCUGGCGAAGAAAAUAAGUGCUCUUGGUCUCUUGAAAAUAUAUGUCAGUAUAUAAGGGUAUUUGUUUUUUAGAAGCUUGUUUAUAUAUUGUGGUAAAGAUGUUUGAAGAAAGCUGUGUCCUGUAAUACAUGGAAAUUUAUAUCCUUUUAAUUUUGAUUCUGGGGUAGUUUAUUUUUCUCUCUUCCCUUUUUCUGUGGGGGUGGGGAUUCAAGAUAGGGUUUCUCUGUGUGGCUCUGGCUGUCCUGGAAGUUGCUCUGUAGACCAGGCUGGCUCUGAACUCAGAAAUCCACCUGCCUCUGCCUCCCAAGUGCUGGGGUUAAUGGCGUGUGCCACUGCCCAGCAGAGCAGUUUAUUUUUCAAACCCAGCUAAGUCUUUAUUCUGAUACUUGGUCAGAUACCAUGGUGUGGCCUGACCUAUGCUCUCUAAGAUGAUAUUUUGUUUUGGAGAGGAUAUUGGCACUCCAACAGCUUGUUUAUGUAUUAAACUACAUAAAAAUGGAACUUGAGGGUUAUGACCCUUAAAUGCUAUCCUUCAAUUUCUUAGAAAGAUUAUAAAUCAUUAUUGCAUCAUCAAUAAUUAUAGCAAUAGAUCAUUUUAGAAACCAGUUGGCACAAGGUUUUGUUGCAUAACACAUUUGAUAUCAUGAAAAAAUACAGCAAUUCUGUUUCAUUACCCUUUUGGUGGAACAUAGAAUUGUACCUUUCAUAAAACUAAAUUCUAGUACCACAAAAAGGAUUCUGUGGAAAUACUGCCUGUCAGGCUUACCUGUUGAGUGCAUGUGAUGCUUCGUGGUUUGUCUCAGCUUUUUUGGAGGUUGGUGCUAAGAAGUCACCUGUGGUCUCCUCCGGACCUGCUGGUUAUACUUUUGAAGGCAGCUGUGAAGUUCCCACUAACUCAGAAGACUACUGGCUGUGAUGGCUUUUUAAGUGGAGUACAGACCAAGGGAGAAGUCAGGUGACCAGCUGAUCUGAGGAACCCCUGGUCCUGUCCUUCUCAUCUACCUAGCCUUACUCAGGAGUGCCCAUUGUGUGCACAUGGCUGUAUGAAAUGUGAUUCACUUACAUUUGAGGAAUCAGUGGUCAUCCUGCAAUAGGAGAGAUGACUAAAACCACUGGAAUAUGCUGAUAUGCACAUUUUACCAUUUUUCUAAUAUUAUUUUUAUAGAAGACAGCAAUGUUUAUAUUAAGAAUAGUAUGCUAUUCAUUUUAAAACCCUGUUUCUCAUUUUGAGAAUUUAUUAUAUACUAUAGCCAUGGAUGAGAUGAAAUUGAAAAUCAGAAACUUACUGUGGGAAGGUGAUUGGUUUAUUUUUAACUGGAAAGGAAAAUGUAUUUGCAGUAAGAUCACAGUAAUUUCAAUGGUGUGACUUUAUUUAAAUGGGGAUGGUGAUACAUUUCAGGGCAGAACAUUGCCUGCCAUGUGUGAGGCACUGGGUUCGAUCCUCAGCAUUGAAAAAAAAAGGUGAGAAAGAGGUCGGAUAAUACUUGAAUGUAUCAGCUUGUCAUGCCAUCAGAAUUUGUUUUCUCAUUUAGUGAAGAUAAUAUAUAGUAAGCCCAUAAAAUCAGCAAUGCUGUUUAAAGAUGUGGAAUACUUUUCUUUCUAUUAAAAUUGCAGUAAGUUAGUUUGGCCUAUUUAGUGUAAUUUAGUUAGCAUCCCUUAGGCCCGGGGUUCAAUCCCCAGCACUGAAGCAAAACAAAGAAAACACAUUGUGACGAGUGGAACCUAUUACUUGCUAGGUAUUUCAGAUGUGCCACAGCUGUACGCUUCAGUCCCUUAUCUCAGCAUCACAACCAGUGCAGUGAGAAAGUUGAGACUGGACAGUUAAACACCCCGGCAUGCCUCCCUCAUUCUGCAACAGGGAUCCCUCAGAAGAAAGUUGUAGAUGUAACCUACCGUCUUUUUAAAUAAGAAACACAGAACCAAUGCAAAGAAGAAAGCCAAGAGGUCAGAGCUAAGAGCUAAAACCUUACCCUUCCUCCUGCGGUGGUCCUACCUCUCCAAAAGAGAGCUACUUCCUGGGUUAAAGUCUUUAUAUAUAGUUUCUGUUCUGCCUUCUCAUUGGUUGUAAACCCAACCACAUGACCGCCUGGUCACUGCCUGUCUGUACAGACCUCCAGGUCUCCUUUGGUUGGUAUUGAGAUUAAAGGCAUGUGUAUCCAAUACUGGCUGUAUCCCUGAACACACAGAGACUUACCUAGCUCUGCCUACCAAGUGCUGGGAUUACAAGCGUACGCCACCACUGCCCUGCUUUCCUAUGGCUUGCUAAUAGCUCUGACCCCCGGGCAACUUUAUUUAUUAACAUACAAAUAACAUUUUAGUACAAAUAAAAUAUCACCAUAGAAAGUAGAUAGUACAUUUAGACAGAGUCUGUCUGUCUGUGUUCAGUUUUCCUAUGUGUACUGCAUUUAUAUUUUGCCUCUUCUCUCCAACCACACAAAUGUAUGUUUUACAAGCUUUAGCAGUUAAUAUGUUAUGGAAACUUGAUCUUUCUGUAUUCUAACAACUUACCUGCUCUUUGUUUGGUUAUACCUGGCUAUUUUAAAGACAAGAACAAGAACCUCUUGUUUUUUAUUUAUUUAUUUUUAAACAAACUGAUUUAUGUUCCAGAGCUUUGGAAGAAUUCCUCUGAAUUCGUGGUGUUAGGUUGAAGCUCCAAACAGGAUUGAAAGAAACAUUUGAAGGCCUCCAGAUCCCCUCCCGGUUCUGUGCCAGAGUCUGACAUGAAAUACUUGACUGUUCCUAAACUAGUCUCCUGAAGCUCUGAUAGUGAUGUCUGAGCACAACUUUAAAGGACUCUCAGACAGUGCCGCUCCACUUUGUGCUUUAGCAUUGUGUUGCAGCAGGGCAGAGUAAUGGGAAAUUAAGUAGACAUGGGAGGGGAAGAAGGGGCUCCGCACCCAGAGUCUGCCUGAAGCCUUCUCUUCCUGGGCGAGACUCAAGAAUUCUACCACAGUUAACAACAUUUGCUAGGAAGGUUGCCAUGAGAGACUGACUAUCAUCUAUGUAUGUAUCUAUGUAUGUAUGUAUGCAUGUAUCUAUCUAUCUAUCUAUUUAUCUAUCUAUCUAUCUUUGUUUGUUUGUUUAUUUUGAGAGCCAGGGUCUUACAUGUAUCCCUGACUGUCCUAGAGCUUGCUGUGUAGACCAGGUUGACCUCAAACUCAGCUCCUCCUGCCUCUGCCUCCAAAGUGCUGAUAUUAAGCCACCACACCUGGCAAUUGUGGUGGUAUUGUGUUCCCCAAAAUAUUGUGUACCCUAAUAAAUUUAUCUGGGGUCAGAGACAGAACAGCCACUAGAUACAAAGGCUAGAAAAUGGUGGCACUCACACCUUUAAUCCUAGCACUCCAGAGGUAGAAAUCCCUCUGGAUCUCUGUGAGUUCAAGGCCACAUUGGAAAUGGCCAGGCAUGGUGACACACGCCUUUAAUCCCAGAAAGCGAGCCUUUAGUCCCAGGGAGUGGUGGUAGAAAGCAGAAAGGUAUAUAAGGCGUGAGGACCAGAAACUAGAAGCAUUUGGCCUGGUUAAGCAUUUGGCCUAGUUAAGCAUUCAGGCCUUUGAGCAGCAAUUCAGCUGAGACCCAUUCUGGACUCAGAGGCCUCCAAUCUGAGGAAACAAGACCAGCUGAGGAUCCGGUGAGGUGAGGUAGCUGUGGCCUGUUCUGGUUCUCUGAUCUUCCAGUUCACCCUAAUACCUGGCCCAGGUUUGUUUUAUUAAAUAAGACCAUUUAAGAUUCCUGCUACAGGCAAUGAUUCCUUUGAUUGAUAGAUAGAUAGAUAGAUAGAUAGAUAGAUAGAUAGAUAGAUAGAUAGAUAGAUGGUAGAUAGAUAGAUUUCUAAUAAAAAUGUUACAAUACCAAAGAACAGGCUGGGGAAAUAGUUUAGUUGGUAGGGUGCUACGGGGGGGAUAUAUUUCACUUGGUAGGGUGCUAUGAGAAUAUAGGUCAGUUGGCAGAGUGCUAUGGGGAAAUAGGUCAGUUGGUAGGGUGCUGUGGGGAUGUAGUUCAGUUGCACAAUGUAGGCUAGUAUACACAAAGUCCUAGGUUCAGUCAUCAGCACUGUAUAAAACCCUGUGCUGUUAUACCCCUGUGAUCUCAGUGUUUGGGAGGUAGAGGAAGGAGAAUCAAAAGUUUAAAGUAAUUCUUGGCUACAUAAUUAAGGCCAGCCUGAGCUAUAUGAGACCUUGUCUUUAAAAACAAACAAAAAAACAACCAUGCACGACACUUAAGGCCUAUGGCCUAUUCAUCUCCCAGAUAUCUGGGUAUUUUCACAAGCAAGAUUAGUAGAGUCUGUAUACAGUGAAGACUUCUCUGUGAUCUAGGGCUUUACCUAUUAGUAGCAUUCUUAUCCACUGCACUUUAGGAACCAUCCUGUGAGCUCACUUAAAUACUUUAUCAAUCCUUUAAAGGUACAGCUAAAGAACUCAGCAAUAUCAUAUGUAUGGGUUUUGUAAAGGCAGUUAAGUGUGAUGCUCCCUUGAGAAGCCCAUACCUAUAUGUAGACAUGUUUUAUAUUUUCCCUGAGUUCCUCUCUUUCUAACCUGCACUACUUUCUGUAGUUAGAUCUGUGUUGGAAUCUCUUCCUAAUAAACUCCAGCUCUCAACUCAGCUUUAUAAUGGCUUGUCCUGAAAUUCUUUUUCUGGUGCACAGUCAUGGAUUCCUCAGGAUGCUGCAGGCAGCAGUGUGGAGCUGUGUUUCCAGCCCUCUGGUAGUACCUAAGGAGAACACUUCACAUCCUAUAACCCAACAUCCUGCCCCAUGUAGAAUUCACCCUUGGGCAGUUCUGAAGAUUGUUCACAAACUUAGGGGGACCUUGCUUUCUGUAACCCUUCCUGAGGGUCAGUCAGGUCGUUCUGGUAAUGGUAGCUGGAGAGGCUUUGUCCUUCUCGCCACUCUUGUCUGGACCGACUCUGCUGAAUAGUAACUGAGACAUCCUGAAGAAGAAUUGUGAGUGCUGCCAGGUUUGAAACCACCAGGUUUGAAACCAUCAGGUUUGAAACCACCUUUGCUGCCAGAUGGCAUGUUGUUGCUGCUCUUGUUUUGAAAAAGGAUCUCAUUGUAAUCCAGCCUGUCUUGGAACUCAUGGCCGUCCUCCUGCUUCAGCCAGCUAAGUCUUGAAUUGCAGUCCUCUGCCACCACACCCAGCUAGAUUGUUAAUUAUGAAGUAUCACCUCACAUCAUUAACACAUUAAAAAUCGCUUUUAUACCAUUGGUCAUUUUGGAGGUGACCAGUUCAGCUUUAUUUCAACCAUAGUUUACAUAGCAUCUUUGUCUAUACACAGUGUUCCUGAGCUACAGUCUUCAUGCUUCUUAGUAUGUGUGUUUUUGUUUGUUUGUUUGUUUUGUGUUUCUAGACAGGGUUUCUCUUUGUAGCCCUGGCUGUCCUAGAACUCAGUCUGUAGACCAGGCUGGUCUCAAACUCACAGACAUCCACCUGCCUCUGCCUCCAGAGUGUUGGGAUUAAAGGCCUGUGCCACCACCACCUGGCAUGGUCAUUAGCUUUAAAAAAAGUUAAGUGUUUACAUGUGUGAGUUUGUGCAUGUGAGUACAGUGCCCUUGGAUAACAGAAGAAGCUGUCAGAUCCCCAGAAGCUGGUGUUAUAGUCAGUUGUGAGCUGCAUGAUAUGGAUGCUAGGAACUACCCUCAGCCCUGGCCAUUGGUUUUUGAGAGUGAAUGUGCUGGUUCACACUUGGUUUAGCAUUCUGUAAUAGUCUGUUUCAUAUAUCCUCACACAACAGAAUGCACUUGUUUUGUGACAGGGUCUCAUGUAGCCCUGGCUGGAACUCCUGAUCUUGUCUCCAUCUCCCAAGUGGUGGGAUUUCAGGGGUGUGCUCUUACCCCUGGUCUGCAUCUUGGCAAGCUUGGCAUCAGCAGUAACCUUGAUGAUGACCUGACAGGGACAGUUUAUUUUGUUGUAUAGCAUGAAAUGACUUGCUGCAUAUUGAUAUAGAAUAGUUAAAUUAUUCUCUACAAUGAUCCCUUGUAGUUCUCUCAUUCUGUGAUUAACAAAAUUUCAUGAGUAAAUUUGCUUCGUGUUUCAUGGUGCCUACAUUUGAACAACUGAGUGUAUCUCCUGAGUUCUGGCUUGUCCUGCCUUGGGGUCCCUGGGGAAGCUGGAGCCCAGGCUACCUUCCUGCUGCCUUUCGUCCUGCCUCCCCACCACUUCCUGCUGCCUUUCUUCCUGCCCUUCCCAUCACUUCCUGCUGCCUUUCCUCCUGCCCUCCCCACCACUUCCUGCUGCCUUUCCUCCUGCCUCCCCACCACUUCCUGCUGCCUUUCCUCCUGCCUCCCCACCACUUCCUGCUGCCUUUCGUCCUGCCUCCGCACCACUUCCUGCUGCCUUUCUUCCUGCCCUCUCCAUCACUUCCUACUGCCUUUCCUCCUGCCUCCCCACCACUUCCUGCUGCCUUUCCUCCUGCCCUCCCCAUCACUUCCUGCUGCCUUUCCUCCUGCCUCCCCACCACUUCCUGCUGCCUUUCCUCCUGCCUCCCCAUCACUUCCUGCUGCCUUUCCUCCUGCCUCCCCACCACUUCCUGCUGCCUUUCCUCCUGCCUCCCCACCACUUCCUGCUGCCUUUCCUCCUGCCUCCCCAUCACUUCCUGCUGCCUUUCCUUCUGCCUCCCCAUCACUUCCUGCUGCCUUUCCUCCUGCCUCCCCACCACUUCCUGCUGCCUUUCCUCCUGCCUCCCCAUCAUUUCCUGCCGCCUUUCCUCCUGCCUCCCCAUCACUUCCUGCUGCCUUUCCUCCUGCCUCCCCACCACUUUCUGCUGCCUUUCCUCCUGCCUCCCCAUCAUUUCCUGCCGCCUUUCCUCCUGCCCUCCCCAUCACUUCCUGCUGCCUUUCCUCCUGCCUCCCCACGACUUCCUACUGCCUUUCUUCCUGCCCUCCCCAUCACUUCCUGCCGCCUUUCCUCCUGCCCUCCCCACCACUUCCUGCUGCCUUUCCUCCUGCCCUCCCCACCACUUCCUGCUGCCUUUCCUCCUGCCUCCCCACCACUUCCUGCUGCCUUUCCUCCUGCCUCCCCACCACUUCCUGCUGCCUUUCCUCCUGCCCUCUCCAUCACUUCCUGCCGCCUUUCCUCCUGCCUCCCCAUCACUUCCUGCCGCCUUUCCUCCUGCCCUCCCCACCACUUCCUGCUGCCUUUCCUCCUGCCCUCCCCACCACUUCCUGCUGCCUUUCCUCCUGCCUCCCCACCACUUCCUGCUGCCUUUCCUCCUGCCUCCCCACCACUUCCUGCUGCCUUUCCUCCUGCCCUCUCCAUCACUUCCUGCUGCCUUUCCUCCUGCCUCCCCACGACUUCCUACUGCCUUUCUUCCUGCCCUCCCCAUCACUUCCUGCCGCCUUUCCUCCUGCCCUCCCCACCACUUCCUGCUGCCUUUCGUCCUGCCUCCCCACCACUUCCUGCUGCCUUUCCUCCUGCCUCCCCAUCACUUCCUGCUGCCUUUCCUCCUGCCCUCCCCAUCACUUCCUGCUGCCUUUCCUCCUGCCCUCCCCAUCACUUCCUGCUACCUUUCCUCCUGCCUCCCCAUCACUUCCUGCUGCCUUUCCUCCUGCCUCCCCAUCACUUCCUGCUGCCUUUCCUCCUGCCCUCCCCACCACUUCCUGCUGCCUUUCCUCCUGCCUCCCCACGACUUCCUGCUGCCUUUCCUCCUGCCCUCUCCAUCACUUCCUGCCGCCUUUCCUCCUGCCCUCUCCAUCACUUCCUGCCGCCUUUCCUCCUGCCCUCCCCACCACUUCCUGCUGCCUUUCCUCCUGCCCUCUCCAUCACUUCCUGCCGCCUUUCCUCCUGCCCUCCCCAUCACUUCCUGCCGCCUUUCCUCCUGCCCUCCCCACCACUUCCUGCUGCCUUUCCUCCUGCCCUCCCCAUCAUUUCCUUGGCUUCUUGAUCUCACUACACACAGUGCUCUUUCCACAGCAGGGGAGGAGGCACAGCUUCCCAGAGCUGAGAGCUUGAAGAGCCUGGGACCACACUGAAAACUUACAUUGUGUGUGAUUGGCCAGGUCAUCUCGAACCAGAUAGGCUUUUGUUUUGUUUUGUUUGUUAAAGGUAUUUUUGUCAUUUGUCUCUGUCUUAGUUAGAGUUUCUAUUGCUGUGAAGAGACACCAUGACUUCGGCAAAUCUUACGAAGGAAAAUAUUUAGUUGGGUGACUACAGUUCAGAGUUUCAGUCCAUUAUCAUGGUAAGACAUGGCAGUGUGCAGGCAGAUGUGGUGCUGGAGCUGAGAGUUCUACAUCUUGCAGACAACAGGAAGUCAACUGAGACACUGGGCGGUAUCCUGUGCACAGGAAUCCUCAAAGUCCACUCCCCUCAGUGGCACACUUCCUCCAACAAGGCCACACCCACUCCAACAAAGCCACACCUCCUAAUAGUGCCACUCCAUAUGAGAUUAUGGGGGUCAAUUACAUUCAAACUACCACAGCCUAAAUUAAAGUUCUGAGAGAAAGAAUAUGGCAAAUUGCUGUUGUGACCGCCAGAUCACACAACUUUGAUAGUACCUUCUCUUUCCUUUCUGAGCAGACAUCUUUUUAAAAAUUUAAAUUUCAAAUAUGAGUACUGUGUUUGCAUUAUUUCUACCCCUCCUUCUCGCCCCACUCCCUCUCUGAUUAAUGAUCUUUUCUUCUAUAAAUUAUUGUUAUGCAUACAUGUAUACAUACAUAGAUGUAUACACACCUAUCCUACUGAGCCUUGUUUCUUGUUGCUCUUAUGUCCAUGAGUGUGGGGCUGUCUACUUGAGUUUGUGUAAUGCGUGGGGACUCACGCCCGGAGAAGACUGAGUCACCUUCUUUCAGGAGCCAUUGAUUGCCUGCAGCUCUUCAUUUAGGGUUUGGGGCUUGUGAAAUUUUCCUAUUUGUGUUAGGAGAGAGAGAGAGAGAGAGAGAGAGAGAGAGAGAGAGAGAGAGAGAGAGAGAGAGAGAGAGAGAUUGAGAUUGAGAUUGAGAUUGAUUUCCUGCAGAGCCUGGAGCUAACUGACCUAGCUAGCCAGCCUGCCCCGGGACCUGUCUCUGCCCCACAGUGCUAGAAUCACAAGUGGUGCCCACAGGCCUGGCUUUAAACAGGGUCUGGAGUCUGGUCGUCAGGCCUGGGUGGGCAAGAGCUCGCCUUAUCCACUGAGCCAUCUUUGCAGACUUCACAGGACAUUUUUGUUGUUGUUGUGCUGGUGCUGUUGUUUGUGCAUUUGGGAGGUGCAGUGCCAAAAUACUUGUUAUAACUGGAAAGGAGGUCCUGGAGAUGACAUGUGAUCUGGGAAAACAGGAAAUGAUGGGUUCUUUUCUCCUUCACUUCUUAUUCUUUUUUCAGAUAUUUGAUUGAGCCCUACUAAUCACCUUCAUAGGGUUUUGCAUUGUUAAGAACAAAUAUUUUGUUUUCUCAGACCAGUAUUAAGCAGAUUUAUGUCACAGUAUCCUUUUGAGAGGGAGAGAGGACAGUGUCUCUUGAUACAGCCUGGCUGUCAUGGAACUCAGUCUGUAAACCAGGCUGUCCUUGAACUCACAAAGAUCCACUUGCCUCUGCUUCCCAAGCUCUGGGAUUAGAGGCGUGCACUUGUGCUUUCUCUUCCCUUUUAAAUUUAACACUGGAAUUUAACCCAGUGUUUAAUUUAACCCAAAGGAAGGGGUUUUCAUGAAAGUCACAGGAAGAAAUGCUUUACGUGGGUGGUAGGGUUUGUACAGACCCCUAAGUAAGAUAGUCGGGCAACACAGCAACAUUCCGUGCUUUGGCAGGGAACAAAAAGCAGAAAGUUGUGUCUGUAUUUCUAUAUGCAAAAAAAAAAAAAAGUGCUUGUAACCACAUGUGGAAAACAUUAGUCUGCAAUCAGAACCACCUCACUCUUAUUUUAAGGUUGUAUUAAAUAAAUAGCCUGGGACACUUAUUUUGGUAGAAAUAUUAUAUGGUAUUACUGCUACCUAAUUAAGUAGAAAAUUUUUUUCAUGUCUAAAUAACUCCAAAGAAACUUGUUCUUGAAAUGAUUGGACAUUCUCUCCCCGCCUCCUCCUCCCCCACAGUGUACUCUAAGCAUUUGGAUGGAACAGCUUGAAGGGCAGCGCUAUGACUGCUGGAGGAAGGUUAUUUCUAUGCACUUUGGAGAUCUUGACUAGAUCCACUUUUGAUACCUUGAAGGGAAAACAGUAUGUUUACAGUGGGCUGAAAUAAAUAUAUACAUAGCAUUCAGAAUUCCAUGGAUGAUAUGGUCCGACUCUUUGCUUUUAGAUGUCAGAACUUUGACAAUGCGCAGGCCAAAGGAAGCUUGUUGUUUGCCUCUCUGCCCUCUGGCAUUUCCACAGCUGAGUCUGGGGAAUGCUGGUAGUAAGCAGACUAAUGGGAGAAAAGGCAUGCACCCCAAUUAUGUGCACAGGAGGAGCAAGGAGGUAGUAUCUGAAACCCCACAGAUUUAGAAAAACCAAGAGGACUGUAGCUGUUUUGGAGGAGGAAGAAACGGUUUCCAGAGAAAUGAAUGCCCGUGGGCCGUGGCCUAAGACAGAGUUUCCCCUGGGCUCUGGGUAUGACAUCAAGGGCUCGAAUCCUUUCCUGUAAGUUGUCCUCUCUGUGUGAUGAAAUGAUGAGGAAGGUCUUGUUUUCCUUCAGGAGAUAUUUCCAGAGAGCGUGCUGCAGAGAAGGCAAAUGGGGGUCUAAGAGACCUGGGUCUUAGCUUUGUGUCUAAGCUCAACAUUUGAGAGCCUCAUGCUCGAGGGGUGAUUUUCUCAGCUCCUACAGCGGGUACCUCAUGGGACUGAACAAAUCCUUCUCUUCAGAGUGCUCUGCUUCCCUUUCAUGCCCUGAAAUGAGUCCUCUAGUAAAUCCCCGUGUGUGCUGUGCUGUUUGCUGUCUCCUCCCUGACUGCUAGACACAAAGAGGUGGCUGAGAAAGUGCCACUGGUGUUGGACACCUGGGCAGCCCUGGGCGGGCCCUCAGUAUGGUUGAGAGGGAGGAAGGAAGUUGUCCAGUCAUGCAGUCUCUACAUGUUUUCUUGCUUUUUAAAAAUGAUGUAUUUUUUCUUUGAAUAUUUAGUUUAUGUGUAUGUUUAUGAGUCUGGGUAUGUGUAUACUUACCACAUGCUUUCAGAAAACCAUGGAGGUCAGAAGAGGGUAUUGGAUUUCUUGGAACUGGAGUUACAGAUGGUUUUGAGCAACCAUGUGGAUACUGAAAACAAAACCUGGGUCCUCAGCAAGAGCACUUAAGUAACUGCUGAGCUAUCUCUCUAGCUCUGUUUUUAUUUUACUAUAAAUGUGGUGGGGCAUGGGGGAGAUGAGAAUAUGAGUGCAGUUCCUCUCAGAGGCCAGAAGAGGGCAUUGGAUCCCUGCAGCUGCUAUUACAGGUGGUUGUAAUCCUGUCAUGUGGGUGCUGGGAUCCAAGCUUUGGGCUUAUGUGAGAGCUGUACCUUCCCUGAGCUGCUGAGCGGCUCUCCAGCCCCAGUGCUCUUUAUUCUCAGUGAUGCUGACAGUGUAUCUUCACUGUCUUUUCUGUCAGAGCCCUUUAACAGUAGGACCAGAGACCUUUUAAAUAUGCUAAGAAUUUAUGUUCACUGCACACAGCAGAAGAAAAUGCUUAUAAGAGACGUCUUAUUUUUAAGAAUGUUCUAAGUGGCUCUUCAUUGUACUAUAUAGAAGCUCGUUACUGGGCUGGAGAGAUGGCUCAGAGGUUAAGAGCACUGGCUCUUCUUCCUGAGGUCCUGAGUUCAAUUCCCAGCAACCACAUGGUGGCUCACAACCAUCAAUAAUGAGAUCUGGUGCCCUCUUCUGGCCUGCAGGUGUACACGCAGGCAGAACAUUGUAUACAUAAUAAAUAAAUAAAUCUUUUAAAAAAAGAAACUCGUUACUGGCUACUGACUGCAGGAAUGUUAUCAGUUUUUGAUAAAUCACACUCUUGAAGUUUAAGUAACCUUUGUGUUAGUUUUCUAUUGUUAUACCAGGGGUAUCAAACAUUUCUAUACGGUGAGAAAAAUGGAAAAGACUUGUUUCCACCUCAGUAAGUUAAUGUAUAUAUUGAUGUAAUGUUCCUAAUUUGAAUGUUGAUGACUGCAGAAUAUACUCAUAAAAUAGUUUAGGUGGAAACAGCAAUAUUGUUCCUAUUUAGGGUUGUAUGGGGUUUAAUCCUAAUCUGUACAUAUAUGUGUAUACCAGGCGGUAGAACCAGUAGGCAGACAUCUAGGGCUAGGCCAGGAAAGCUCAGUUCCCAAACUUCCCUGAACCUUGGUUUCUGCCCUUGAAUUGGUAAAGAGAUCACCUGAGUGAUACAUAGAAACGGCCUGGUGUUAAGUGCUGUAGUAAGAGACAGAGCUGCAGGUACAGCUCAGUGGUGCAUCAUGUACCUAGCAUGCACAAGCCCUAGGUCUGAUCCCCAGCACACCCCUCACCCCCUAAAAUGAUUUAGCUGCUGUGACCACAGACUCGAGGUAAACGGGUUAGGGACUUAUGACUGACUUCUUUAAAAUUCCGUGUCUGCGUUGUAUCUUUAAGAGGAGACAGGCAACAACGGGACCAAGGAGUUUAUGCUUCCCGAGUUAGAGCUAAGUGUUCUGUUCCUAAACUGGGAGGGCGGUCUGCCAUAGCCGAAGCACACCUCAUUGCUCACAGCUGUGUUGGGGCAGUGCCUUCUGUGUCCUUUUGCUUAUCUUCAAAAUCACGUCCUCUCUAAAGAAGGUUAGACUUUCGGCUCUAAAGACCUGAUGGCUGAUUCUGGUGUACUGACGACACUGUGACAGUCACUGAUGAGUUAAUGUGUUGUCAAAGAAGAGCCAGAUGAUGGAGAUUUAAACAUCACUCUUCUCUUCCUGUGGAGAAGGAACCAAGGCUUUUAGGGAGGCAAGGGUGUGAGCAAUUUCUAAGGGAUGAUGAACUGUUUGGGGGAAAUGAGCCCAAAGACAGAUAGUAGCCUGGGUCAGUGAUUCCCAGCUCUGACUUUGGCCUCCCUUCUCUGUGAUGUGCGUCCAGUGUUGGGUGAUGAAACUCCAUGCCAGUGUGCCUGCUUUGGAAGGGCAGUUAGGAAGGGAAGAAGGCGGUGCAGAAGUGGGGCAUUGUUCCUGCUCAGCCAACAGACUAACAGCUCAGGUCCAUCCAGCAGGCUUCUUUGUCUGCCUUUUGUUCUCUUGGGUAGCGAGGGGAGGCUGGUGAGCAGAGCUAGUUCUGUGUCAUUUUUCAGAAGUAGCUUCUGUCGCAUAGAAAUUCGAGUGGUGUCUUAGCUGCCAUUCCAAGUUGCCUUAGCCUGUACCACUGUGAGCUACAACUAAAUUCAUGUUUGUCCUUGAAUAACAGAGCCUUAGCUUGGCUUGUUUCUUGUCAGCUUUUCUCAACUGUAAAUUAUCCCGUCUACCUUUUGCUUCUGGGCUUUUACCUUUUGCUAUUUCUAUAUAUCUUUCUUUCUUACUCCAUUGCUGGUUGUAUAGCUGAGUGGCUGGCCUCUGAUGUCCUCCUUCUUCUCUUGCUCCUAGAUUUCUCCUUCUAUAUGUUCUCUCUGCCUGCCAGCCCCACCUAUCCUUUCUCCUGCCUUGCUAUUGGCCGUUCAGUUCUUUAUUAGACCAUCAGGUGUUUUAGACAGGCACAGUAACACAGCUUCACAGAGUUAAACAAAUGUAACAUAAACAAAAGUAACACACCUUAAAAUAAUAUUCUACAGCACUAGACAGAUUAGCAGGAGAGCAGGCAAAAUCACCAGCAUGCAAGUACAUGGGGCUCUUCAAAGCCUGGUGUUCAGCGGACAAGAGAGGGAGGUAAGACAUCUUCCUGGCCCUAGUCAAAGGGACCUUGGUAUCACAAGGACAUGAUUGAGACCGGGAAGCGAGGUGAGAAGGGUGGUAAUGACCUGAGGACUUAGGGGCAUGUUUAGAGAGUCUGGGGACAUGCUACACUUGAUAGCCUGAAGCAACUAGAAAAAUGCCUGAGAACCUAGUAUGUGUUGAGGCUGGAGUAACUGAUAACAGGUGACCUCAGAGGGCUUCAUAGAAAGUAUCUUUUUAUUGUUUAUCACAGGCUCAUGGCCAAGAACUGUUCAAUGCAAGUUUUGCCUGAUACACAUAGCUCCUGUCAUGGAAAGGCCCCCAAAAUACACACAAAUUCUGUCAUGUAAAGGCCCCCAAAAUACACACAAAUUCUGUCAUGUAAAGGCCCCAAAACAAGGAAAAGCUGUUUUAUGUUACAUUGACGGUGUAUAGACAGUUGGGCAGAGUGUUAUUGAACAGAGUGGGUGCAAGCUAACAUCUGUAAGCUGUUAAGGGAAGACCAGUAAGGCCCGAGCAGUCCGCCUUCUCCACAUCUGUGCCUUGAAGGAGGAUAUGGAUAUAUAGGGAGGACAUUUGGAGUGAAGUCUGUGUCCUGCUUCAAAGAUGGGGCUUAACAGUGACCUUCCUUCAUCGCCUGUCUUCAGAAAUACUCCUGUACCCUGCCAGAAGACAUUUGCUGUGUUGUACUUGGUUGUUAAUCUGACACUUUGUGGUCAGUGGUGAGGCAGAUGGCCGAGCAGUAUGGUCUUGACUUCAGAGCCUGGCCUCUUGGUGCCACAUCGUUGCCUUGUAGAAGGGAAACAGUGCUGUUUCUCCUCUGAGUGCUUGAUGUGGUGCACUUGACCAUGGGUGCUCCAGGCAGCUGCAGAGUCCCGUGAGGUUGUGGGGCCCUAACAGUUUCAUUAAGUAUAGUAUAUAGAUUAUGAAAGUACCUUUCUAAGUGUACACUUGAAUGUUUCUACUACAUUUUAAAAGUUGCUGUUGUUGCCACUGCCUGGUUUAGAACAGUAUCCCCAAAGAUGCCUUUCUGUUCCUAAUCCCAACUUGACAAACAUAGUCAGCUUCCUGUAUGUAGACUUUCCUGGAUAUGAACUCUUUCCUCUGAAAAUGAGAGCCCAGACAAACCUUUCUCCCAUAACUCAUUUGGUUUUUUGUUCUGUUUUUAGUAUUUUGGUUAUAACAAUGCAAAAGUAACUACUAAUUUAUUAUACAAGUUCUGUAUCUGAGUAUAUAUGGUUUUGUUAAUCCCAAAGUGCCAAGAUGAGAGGAACCAUUGACCCAAAUCAUCAUGGCCAAAUUAACUAAAGCAAGCCUUUUUAUUCAGGUACACAGGCUGCCUCCCCUAAGUUGGGGUUCAAGAUGUCAGCAUUGGAUGUGAGCUUUUAUAGCUCAGGGGUAGGGGGUUUCCAAAUGGGGGAUUUGGCAGGCAGAACAGGCGGGGUUUAGGAGCAGAACAUAAGCAUAACAAGUUAGUCCUAACAACCCCCUGAAGCAAAGGCAUGAUUGCAAGGUGGUAGUAACAACAGGUGGUCAUAAGAAGGUAGCCAUAGCAACCAUUUUGAAGCAGAAUUAGGGUUGCAGUAUGGUUAUUAACUUUUGAAACAAACAUGAUUGUCAUUCCUGGAACAGGCAGUGCAGAACCAUUUGUAAUUAAGGUUACAGGAGGAGAGUGACCCAGUACUGUGAAACGGAGUUAAUCAUAAACAGGAAUAAGCCUAGUUUGUCUUUACUACAAGAUAGCUUUUAAGCCUAAAAUGCAGGCAGGCUGGUUCUUCAGUUUGCCAAUAUUUUCCUCACAUAGGGAUUUUUAGUUUUUACAAUAUAUUUUGAAGUAUAAGUAAUGUAUUUUGUUUUGGUGGAGGUUUUGUUUUGUUUGUUUGGUUUUUGUUUGUUUUUUAAAUAAGAGCUCUCUAGGUAAGUCUGGUUGGUGUGGAACUUUCCUGGUAAACUGUGUCGGCCUCAGACUUAACUGUAAUCCUGUCUUUGUCUCCAGAAUCUGGGGUUAUCGCACCACUAUGAUUAGCUUCAGAUGUUUUCAUUUUAAUGGUUUCCUUUAAUUAAAAAAAAGAAGACGACGAAUUCUGCUUUCUUGCCAUAUCCUAGAACUCUUUGUCUCACCUGAGACUGAGGAUCUCCUAUUCUCAUUAAGUUUUCUAGUUGGUAGGUUCUAUUUGGAUGGGGAGGUCAUAGAAUUCUGUGCGAGGAAAUGGCAUUUUAGCUGGAAGUUCGCACAGGCUGAGAGAGGAGGGACUAGAAUGUCCUGGUGGGACAUACCCGGUUUGGAUACCUGGAUGUAGUCAGGCUGGAGCAGAGUGAGUGCCCUGGAUGGAUUUAAUGGAGCCAUGUGCAGACAGAGAUGUCACCGGCGUUGCUGUCCGGGAAAAUCUCUGCUGCCGGAAAGGAAGUGGAUCAGAAGCGAGCUGUGGUGGAUCAUACCCGCAAUCCAAGCACUUGGGAGGCCGAGGCAGGGAUAUUGCCAUGAAUUUGACACCAGCCUGGCUACAGCCGUUACGAUUCUGAACAUGCGCAGCUCAGGGGUCUUGUCUGGCGCCUUGCGCCAUCAGUGGGCGACUCGUACUGGACCCCACACUCUCCCUGCGCUCCCCUUCUCUUUUCUGUUUCCUCUCUGCUCUGUUCUCGCCGUCUUUCUGCCUCUCCAGGCCUGGUUUCCUUCUAAUAAAGCUCCUUCUAACUCUGGUAGUCGUAGCUGUGGCUUGUAACUUUUCCGCUGUGCCCGCCAACACAUCAGCGCCAUUGAGCCUAUUUAAAGAAAAAAAAAGCGUGGAUAGCUUUGGAAAGGACCAUUGCUAAUUAAGAGGCUGUUGGCCAGGUAGUAAGAAAUGCUAUCAGCUCUGGCCUGUGGGAACUAGAGUAUUAGAGACAUUUGAGAGCCUGCUUGCUUGAAAUGUCCCAAGAUGGUAAGGGUAAUUUACAUUCGUCUGUGGCUUCCACUCCACCCACUAGAAAGAGGAGGAGCUAGUUUCCAUAGCUCCACAUAGCAAGUCACUUCAAACCUCCAGUGCCUGCUGUUCCUUCUUCAAACUUGGGGGGCAGGGCUUGGAAGCAAGAACCUUAUAAUUCAUAUAUCCUUUUUUAUUUGUUGUUGAUUUUAUUUUGAAACAGGGUUUCAUGUAGCCAAUGUUGGUCUCAAAUUCUCCAUGUAACCAUGACCGUGAACUGAUCCUUCCACCCUCACUUAAGUGCAAGGAUUACGGGUGUACACCACCACACUGUCUCUCUGUGUGUAGUAGGACACAUGCCUUCGACUGUCGUUCCUAGGAAGCCAUCUACCUUGUUAUUUGAGACAGGAUCUCCAACUGGGACCUGGAGCUUUUGAUUUGGCUAAGGUAACUGGCCAAGGUGCCCAGAGAUCCACCUGUCUCAGUGUCUUAGUCAGGGUUUCUAUUGCUGUGAAGAGACACCAUGACCAUGGCAACUCUUAUAAAGGAAAACAUUUAAUUGGGGUGGCUUACAGUUCAGAGGUGCCGUCCAUGAUCAUCAUGUUGGGACAUGGCGGCACGCAGGCAGACAUGGUGCUGGGGAAACAACUGAGAGUUCUACAUCUUGAUCGGCAGGCAGCAGAAGGAAACUGAUCUGCACUGGGCAUGGCUUGAGCAUUGGAGACCUGAAAGGCCGCCCCCACAGUGACACACUUCCUCCAACAAGGCCACACCUAUUCCAACAAGGUUACACCUCCUGAUAGUGCUGCUCCCCAUGGGCCAAGCAUUCAAACACAUCAGUCUAUGGGGGCCAUACCUAUCCGAACACCACACUCAGUCUCCCCUUUGCUGGGAUUACAAAUGCGUGCCACCACUCCUGCCUUUUUAUGUGGGUGCUGGAGAUCAAACUCAGGUCCUUGUGAUUACACCAGUACUUUACUGAGCUGUCUGAUUAACCCAUUUUUGUUUUCGUUUUUAAAAUAUAAGGAUACAGGGCUGGAGAGAUGGCUCAGUGGUUAAGAGCAUUGACAGCUCUUCUAAAGCUCCUGAGUUCAAUUCCCAGCAACCACAUGGUGGCUUACAGCCACCUAUAAUGGAAUCUGAUGCCCUCUUUUGGCGUGCAGGUGUAUGUGGAGAUAAGAGCACUAUAUACAUAAAAUAAAUAAGUCUUAAUAAAUUAUUAUUUUAAAAUAUAUAUAUAUAAGGAUACUGUAUGCCAAGUACCCUGGUAUACACUCUGUGUGUGUGUGUGUGUAUUUUGAAAAGUUGAAAAAUUAUUUCCUUUACUCCUCCCAUUAUUAAAGUUGCAACAGACUUUUAUGGCCAAAGAUAAAUUAACAAGAGAAAACAAACAGAAGUUCACUGCACAUGCCUCGUGUAUGCGUUGGGGUAUGGGGAAAUAUCAGAGUCAAAUCUCUAAGAGUAAAUCUCAAAAGCGUAGUUCUCGUUUCAGGCUUAAAUAUUGUUAGUUGAAGCAAAGGUGUUGGGUAAGACAUGGAGGUAAUGUGGGAACUUGCUAGCAACAAGGAAACACUGUGUAAACCCACCCGUUGAGAAUCAGACCACUACCACAAGUUUUGAGCCACAUUUGAAGUUAGUUUGGAAGUUGCCUGGGAAAUCUAACUGAGUCUAGUGGUGCAGGAUGAUGAGAAUGAUGCAGACUGAUCUGUAAUCCUCAAAUCCAGGAAAGUAUCAGUUUUUUGGAAUGCUUUCAAGAACUGUAACAUCUACUUUAAACCACAGAGUUAUGUUAUAGUUUAAAAUAUAAUCUUUUCUAUGCUUUUUCUCAUAGUAUCUCUUAGUUGACUUCAAGAAUUCUGAACUGUUGAUGAGGAGUGUCUUGCUCAGAAAGUGAAGCAUGUACUGUUUUUAGUAAGUGCUUUCCUGUCUGUGUGCAAGUUUGACACUUGGAAAAGUACACUUUAUCAGUUUUAUGAAGUCUACAAAGAACCAAACAUUUCUCUUUAUGUAGCUGAUAGAGAAAGGACAGUAUGGUGGUUUGAAUAAGGAUGCCCCCAUAAGCUCAGAGAUUUGAAUGCUUGGUCAGCAGGGAGUGACACUAUUUGCAAGAAUUAGGAGGUGUGACCUUGUUGGAGGAAGUGUGUCGCUGGAGGUGGGCUUUGAGUUUUCAAAAGCCCAAGCCAGGCCCGGUGACUUGCUCUUUCUGCUGCCUGUGGAUCCAGUUGUAGAGGUCCUUCUCCAGUACUGUGUCUGACUGGGUGCUGCCAUGCUUCCUGCCAUGACGACAAUGAACUAAACCUCUGAAACUGUAAGCAAGCUCCAAGGAAAUGUUUUUUGCAAGAGUUGCCGUGGUCAUGGUGUUUCUUCACAGCAAUAGAACAUUGACUAAGACAAGAAGUAAAUGAAUUCUGGUAUAAAUAAUGGAAAAUAAAAGAUGAUAUGGAAAUCCCUUUUAGGUCCCUUCAGAUUCAUGGUGUCUUAAGUGGUAAAUGUAGGACCUUUUAAUCAUAAAAAUUAAGUAAUUCUAAUAAAUUAGAAAAUAAUCCUUGUGUACACCUGCAGCAAAAUAAAUGUUAGCAAGAACACCUUGACCACACAAAUUUAGUGUGACACCUGAUACUUGGGAAAUAAAGACUAGGAACUUACCUAUGUGGUGACCAGCUGGGGAAUUUAGCCAGGCCCUGCACUCAUACUGGUGUCCCUGGGUCUUCAGAGAGACCUCAUAGGAAGAGUACUUCUAAUGUGAGGGACUUCUGACUUUUGCUUCUGAGGAGUUCUCAGAUUUUCUCAGCUCAUGAUUUAAAAUGCCAAGGCACUGUGUUUGGGGAUGGUAUGCCUUAGACUUUAUUGUCCAUGAUCAUAAAUAGAAGGCAUUAGACUCAGAAAUCCAAAAGGUUCUAGUCUAUCUGGAUUUAAAGAUUUUUAAAUCAUUAUUUACUUCACACGUGCAUGCAUGCCUGAGUGCCUGUGUGCACGUAGGUGCCUGCAGAGGCCAGAGGCAGCACUGAGUCUCCUGGAGCUAGAGUUCCUGACGGUUGUAAGCCGCUCAGUGACGGUGCUGGGAAUUGAGCCUCUUGUCUGCUGCAAGAUCAGCAAGUGCUGUAGCCGCUGAGCCUUCUCUCCAACCCCGUCAUGUCUGAAUUUAACACAGUAUGAGGUCAGACGGCGGUGGCCCAUGCCUUUAAUCCCAGCACUUGAGAGGCAGAGGCAGGUGGAUCUCUGUGAGUUCGGACCAACCUGGUCUACAAAGUAAGGUCCAGGACAGCCAGGGCUGUUAUACAGAGAAACUCGUCUGGAAAUUGAAAACAAACCAAAAAAUAAACAAACAAAACCCACAAUAUGUACCUUAUGUAAUACAAUCUUGCAUACUAAGUUUAAGUUUUAAAGUAUUUAAAACCAUGAAUCUUUCUCCUCAGACAGCACAGACACCUGGAACAGAAUAGAAACACUGUGGCAGUAUUCGAGGCAACUGCAUGCGCACAUGGGUGCACGUACUGUUUACAUAAACUCUGUAGAAUCAGAAGUCUGUUCUACUUCUCUACCUCAGUGAUUGGACAUGUGCUGGGCACAUACAGGUGCUGGCUACUCAACAAAUAGCUGAUGAGUCCAUGUAUGUCUGAACCUGGACAGUGUUUUCAAGAUGGACCGGUUUCAGCUUUGGGAAGGGGUAGAUAUAGUCACUUUCCUUUUCUGUAUCUCCUCCCAGAGUUAGUUAAGUAUUUACUGAGUGUUUACUGGAUGUCAGGGGAACUACCCAGAUUCUAUGAAAAUCAAAGCAGACAGAAUCCUAGCACUCAGCAGAAGUGCAAAUGCUCUUCUAUAAAUCUGAGAACCUUCUGCUUCCUGCUCUAUGCUGCCUAGAACCAAAAUAUCACCUCCAGAACCUGGCACAGGAUUUCCAUGGAUUGUGGUUUUUCCUGAGGUUCCCCAACCCUGGGAAGCCAGGAUUCUGUAAAUGAACAGAACUUGAUAGAAUGGGGCGGGGGUAAAGAGACAGACAGACAGUGUGUGACCCUCCCAUGCCUCCACAGCCUCUUUCCUCAUAUCAUAUCUUGUACAUGAUGCCCAGUGGCUGGGGAUAGUUUGUGGUGCUGUAGCUUGACUGGCAUGCUCCUGGUUGCCCAGGUCCAUGCUCUGCAAGUCAGAGCCCCACUUGCAACCCCCACAGGCCUGAGGGAGGGUAACGUUCUCCUUGAUUGACUCCAGCAGGUCUGGGAGAUUCAAGUGCCCCCCCCCCCAUUGCUUCUUUUAUAAGAAGGCUGUUUUAUAUCAGUUAUCAAGAGAGGUUUUUGUUUGUUUGUUUUUAGGGUCCCUGUCUCCUGCUUGUGGUCAUGUACAAAAACACUAAGUAAUUUACUGUUUCUCUUUGGGCCUAGACUAAGUAAGCUUUUUCUCAAAUGGGUGUCUCCCGAGCACUGAGACUCCUGGCCCCUAGUCACUGAUUGAAUAAGUUCCCAUUUACCCUAGAAUUUAAUUUCUACUUUGUGCCUAGAACAGUGAAAGAAUAUGACCUAAUGCAGGGAGUAACCUGUGUUGCUUUGGUGUACACUCUCAUUCUAAGGAAUAGCUGACAACAGAGGUCAUUAAAAGUGGUGGCGCACGCCUUUGAUCCCUGUGCUCAGGAGGCAGAGGUACGCAGAUUUCUGUGUUUGAGGCCAGCCUGGUCUACAUAGUGAGUUCCAGGAUAGCUAAGACUAAAUACAGAGACCUUGUCUCAAAAAUAAAAAUAAAUAAAUAAAAGGACACAGUUUUCAAAACAUGAGGUGUCUGUUUUAGAAGUAUUGGUUCAGGUAAUGGUUAAACUUAAUGGGAUUUCAAAUCACCAUAGACGAAUACCUGGUGUCUUAGUUAGGGUUUCUAUUGCUGUGACGAAACACCAUGACCAAAAGGCAAGUUGGGGAGGAAAGGGUUUAUUUGGCUUACACUUCAGCAUUGCUGUUUAUCAUUCAAGGAAGUCAGGACAUGAACUCAAACAAGGCAGGAUCCUGGAGGAAGGCAGGAGCUGAUACAGAGGCCAGGGAGGGGAGUUGCUUACUGGCUUGCUCAACCCACCUUCUUAAAGAACCCAGGACCACCAGCCCAGGGAUGGCACCACCCACCAUGGGCUUGGCCCUCCCCUAUUGAUCACUAAUUGAGAAAAUGUCUUACAACUGGAUCUCAAGGAGGCAUUUCCUCAGCUGAGGCUCCUUUCUCUGAUGACUCUAGCUUGUGUCAAGUUGACACAAAAUCACCCAGUACACCUGGGUGUGUCUAUAAGGGUGUUUCCAGAAAGGUUUAACUGAGCAGAGAAGACCCAUUCUGAAGGUGUGUGGCUGGAGUCCCAAACUGAAUAAAAAGGAGGAAGUAAGCUAAGCACCCAUGUUCAUCUCUCUCUGCUUCCUGACCCUGGGUACAGUGUAACAGCUGCCCUGCAGUCUGCUACCAGGGCUCAAACUGUGAGCCACGAUACCCUGUGUUCCCUUACCAUGCUUUUGUCAGCCAGCCUGCCCUGGUGACCAGAACAGUGGCCGUACAUACUCAGCUUUUGAGUUACGCUUUUCUUAAAGAAGCCAGGAGUGGUGGUGCAUGAUUAUAAUCUCGAUACUUGGGAAAGGGAAACAGGAAGAUCAAGAGCUAACGGUCAGCCUCAGCCACAAAGCAAGUCGGAAGCCAGCCAGAAAACCCCCAAUAAUGUGCUGCUUGUAUGUGAAUUGCUGUUGGGUAAUUGUCUUCGGUGUAAGAAAAUUCUUGCCCACGUGUCCCUUUCUUUUAUUUACCAGAUAACUCUCCAGAUGGCGUGCCCUUGUAGACGCGCUGUAGUAUUCCAGUCUGUCUACUUGCAGUUGUUGCCAACCUCAAGUAAAAGUUCAAAGCAUUCUUUUAUAAACAGUCAUUUUGAGGAGUAGUUCAGAGGCUGUGUUUUGUCAGUUGAUAGUAACUUUUUCUGUUGUUUGGUGCUUGUUUGUGUGUGUGUGUGUGUGUGUGUGUGUCGGGGGGGGGGUGGUUUUGUUUUGUUUUCAGUUUGGUGUUUCAAGACAGGGUUUCUCUGUGUAGCUCUGACUAUCCUAGAACUCGCUUUGUAGACCAGGCUGGCCUUGAACUCACAGAGAUCUACUUGCCUCUGCCUCCCGAGUGCUAGAUUAAAGGCAUGGGCCACCAUUGCCCAGCUGGUUUUUGUUUUUUGACACAAAGUCUUACAGUAUAUCCCAGGCUGGCCUGGCACUCACUGUAAGGCCACAGAAAGCUUCACACUCAAGGCAAUCCUGACUCAGCCUCAGUGGUGCUGGGAUUCUAGACAUGAGCCACUACGCUCUGUUUUGACUUAAUAUUUUGUGUGAUUAUUUCUAACAUGGUACAGGUUUCUUAGCUAACAUUGCCCUGGGUAAUGGACAGGUGUUUGGGGUAGAUACUGUACCACUUAUAUCGAUCCCUAUGAUACCACUGGCCAUCGCCUCCUAUUCUGGAUGCUGCAAUGAUUAUUUGGGUCACUGUGACACCGUUGAUUGUAUGGACCACUGUGAUAGCAUUGUCCAUUGCUUAUUCUGGAAAGCCAGUUACCACUUCUUCCUCCUCCUUUUAGCCUUGAUUAUUAUGUUCUUUGUUCUCAGCCCAUGUAAUAGCAUACUGGUGCUUCCUGCCAGCUGUCCUGCUGUUUCUUGAGCUGCUUUCUGUUUACCUUCUGCAUCAGUGCCUCCAAACAUCUGUCCUGCAAUGACUACCUCCUGCAAAUUUGCAAUCAGGCUAACUACUUGAAGGCCUCUAACCACUCACCUGAGUGACUGGUGUUCCCCUGCUCCUGACAUUGGGCAGUUAGUAUGCAGCCCCCAUUUUGUGAUUGUCACUAACAGACUUAGAUGUUUGCUGAGCACCAACUCUGACAGGCGUCAGUGAGGUGGAAAGGGCAUCUGCCCUGAAAGAAGUUACCGAUGCUUGGAAUGAAUGAAAGGCAAGCAUGUGGUGGCAGUGAAGAGGCACCAAGUACUUGAGUAGAGAGGGUAGGGAGCCUGGUGUGGAGCCUGAGCAGAGUGGGAAGUGUGGUUACAGCGCUGGGAUGUCACUUGCUUAGGGAGCCACGGGUAGUUGGCAGUGUGCCGUGGGGAAGCAGUUUUCCUGGCGGUAGUUCCUGACUGGUAGUUCCAUUCCUAAGCUGUUAUCAUAGAAGCUUUCACUGUCCAUCUGUAAUGGACAGUGGUCGAAAGAGAAAAAACAGAGCGUGAGACAGUCUCAGAACAGCAUUUAAAUGAGUAGUGGUUCUUUGACACCCCAUACUCAUCUUGUUCACACUGUGGUCCCUCUUUCUGCUAGGCACUGAUGCCUUCGCGUUAGCUAAAAGCUCCUGCUGAAGUUCCUCCACGGCUACAUUACUGCUCUCCUUUUCAGUGGUAUCCAUGGUUUCUCCUACAUCUACAUAGCAGUAAAUCCCAGAGAAGGCUAGAAAGCAAGCAUAGCAAACUGAUUUACUGGAAGUGCAGAUGUUACAGUUUUCUCAGUGUCCCCAAAUGUGACAUUCUACUUGAGAUCCAUUAGGACAGACCUCCAGGAAGAGGAAGAACUUGAGGACGGGCAUGCAUGGGAAUAAUCACACUGUUCUACAGCUAGCCCUGCUGAGACUCUAUGCAGCUGCUGCUGCUUUUGCACAUAGAUCCAGGACUACUUAAGGGUCAUCUGCUGCCCCUGCAGGCUGUACACCAGCCUGCCUGGGAAGUAUAGGGUCCUUCUCAUUCCCAUGUGUGGGCUGGUAGUUUGAAAGAGGAAUAAGGAACUCAGACAGCCACUGAUAGCAUAUAGAUAAUUCCUGUCACUCAUUUAGAAGCCAUUUACAGUGUAUAAUUGGAAGUGAUAAAUUCCCAAUUUUAAGGUAUUAUGUGGAAAUAAUGAGAUCUCCAGCAAAUACAGUGAGCCUUCAGAUCCACUGUGCCUUGACUGUCAGUGAACCUUUAGAGGCAUGGGCUCUCCAGCCAGUGGCAUGAGGGCAUUUUAAUGAGAAACGUUUGAAACUAGAAGCAUGUUGAGCUUUGUGUCCAUUGUGAUCAAUGUUGUGUAUAACAGAUACAAUAUGUGUAACUGGGGGAAAUGCCACUUUUGGCAUUACAUUCUUUCUCAGUAAAUUGCUAAAUAGAGUGUGCCACUCUUAAACUUGGAAGCAUGCACCUUGAUUAUAGUUUUUGAGCUGAUUAACUUGAUACUAAGGCAAUAUGAGUGGAAAUGUCUCUGACAGAGGAGCCUUUGAAUAUGCAAAAGAAAUCUGGUUCAGAUACUUCUAAACAGAAGUAAGGAUCAUCGGGCCCAUGGAACUUCAGAUAUGCUUUUGACAGCUUGGAGUUGCCUGGGAGACCUGGGAAAUGCAGGUGCUGCAGAUUCCUGGUUCUCUAGUCACUCUUGAAGGAGGAGCUGGGGGUGGCAAAGUCAGGCACUGGUCUGGAGUGUAUGGUUGGGUGGUCUAGGAGCAGGAGCCCUGCAUUUGGCCAUGCAAGCCAGGUGGUGUUGGGGGAGCCUGGCAGAGCAGGUAGUGGGACCUGAGGAAGCUGCAGAUCGCAGCAGCUGGGUCUCCUCCCAGACCCAGGGUUGCUGCUUGAAAGCCAUAGCUCUAGCAGCAGGGGCGGCCCCGUGUGGCCUGAGGCCAUUGAGAGCCCUAGAGUCAGGCAGGUCUGUUAUGGGAAGCACAGACUGGGACUGUGAAAGCUGUAAAAGCCAGCAGCCAAAGCUGUGCAGUUGGUUUGCUGGCUGUAAGAAGGCCUUUUUUGAGAGGACCUGCACCAGCCAGCUAUUGUGGGAGCUAACAGCUUUUGCCCUGGAGCAGAAUUGCCUUAGGGAGGCUAGGGACUGCAAAGUGCAGCCAAGCGGAGAAUGAAAGCUUCAGAGACUCUUUGAAUUGAAUUGUUGCAUUCAGGAAAACUGCAAAAAGUUUUUGGUUGUGGGUUUCUUCAUAUUUGGAACUUUGAAGACUGGUAUCAGAAAGCUUUCAGUGAAACAUUAUCCUGUGUUUCUUUCUCCUCUUUGCUAUCUUCCUAUCUAAUAUUUUCUUAUCCCUCUCUCCUCAUAAAAACCCUUGAAAAGGUGGGAGCUGGCCUCCCACAGAAGAGUGACCAUUACUGUGCCAUUUCCUCCUCCCAGAUGUUAGGAAUGAGAAGAAGCGUUUUCUUUUUCCCUUUCCUUUCUCUGC